AUGGCAGCGUCGAGGAGACCACAACAUGCACUCUACGCAGUUGUAGUUUUUCUCGUUGAUGUAAUUUUCUUCUAUCCUUGUCUUCUCCUUCUGGCUCGCCUGUUGCAGGUUACUCCGGUGCUCUCCUUCCUCUGCAUCCCCCCCCCGCUUUCCUCUUGGCCAGCGUGUUCGUUUCACCCUGGAGGCGGGGCGAGGACAGCCCUAACAGCAGGCACCUGCUCAGUGCGGCUCCCCGGUGCCAGUUCACACUCGGUGGCACCGUUCCGCAUGGCGCUUGCUGCCGUGGUGAAUGACGGGCCUGUUUUCCACCAUCACCACCAGAAGUUGGAGAGGGAGGUGGUCCUCCUCGUCCUCCUCCUCCUCCGCCUCCACCUCCUCCUCCUCCUCUUCGUCCUCCUCCUCCUCCUCCUCCUCCUCCUCCUCCUCCUUCCCCCCUCCAACUUAUGGUGGUGGUGGUGGAAGACAGGCCCAUCAGUGAACGCAAUAGAGAUUCGGGGGCGGACAGAGCCCCCAACAGUGGCACGUCGAUUAGUGGAUUGUCCGUGUUCGGUUCUCGGGACGGCGCCGUGA